AUGUUUCAUUUCUCUUCUCUCUCUCUUUCCCUCGUACCAAAGGUGUGCACCCAAGUGAAUCUGUGCUCCCCUUCUCUUUCUCUCUCUCUCUCUCUCUCUGUCCGUCCAGUGCCGUGUUACCUCCCAGUUGGUGUGAUAUCCACUGUUAUCUCUGCCUUUCUGCUGUUUGCCAGGAUUACUGAGACGGCUUCGAUUGCUGAAAAAAUGUUUUCUCACGUUCACAUACACGGAUACCCACGGCAUCUGAUCAGCCGCGUAAGUAUUUCUUCCUCCACAACCCUGCAACUGCUGCUGUGCAAUAUACAUUUAUAUAUACACUUUGACAAUGUUGUCCAUAUCUGUAUCAUCAUGAGAUAUUAUCCUAAAGAUGGGUAUGCCUUUUCUCAAGAAGAACACGGUGUGAUCGCACAGGCGGAGUUGAUCCGUGUUUAUGAUACUACAAAAUCUAAACCUGAAGGCCUCUGA